AUGCCGAACGAGGAAGCUUACACCCCGAUCGUCGGGCAGGAAGAGGACGAGGCCGCAACGGAGGAGCCGGUCGUCCAGCCGGAGAGCGCCGAGCAGCAGCCUGCCACGCGGUCGCAGUGGGGCCUGAAGUCGCCCUCUGUCAUCACGGCAGGCCUGAUGCUGACGAUCCUGCUCGCGCUCCUCGCGUGGGUGUCCGCGGCCAAGGGCAACAACGCGCGCAACGGCGACAGCUGGGUGUACGGCGAGAUCUACGGCCCGCUGGAGUGGGGCGGCCUGUGCGAGAAGGGCAAGAGCCAGUCUCCGAUCGACAUUCCCGAGGCCGCGGCCGGCGUGCAGGCCGACGCGCCCCCCAUGCAGCUGACGUGGAGCGACCCGGGCUUCACUGUGGACGCGACUGUGGUGGACUCGGGCCACGGAACGAUGCAGGCGAACUUCCCCCCCGGGUCCGGCAACCUGACGACGGCGGACGGCGCCGUGUACGGGCUGGCGCAGGUGCACUGCCACGCGCCCUCGGAGCACACCCGCGGCGGGCGCUCGUCGGUCGCCGAGUGCCACUUCGUGCACGUCGCGGACGACGGCGCCCUCGCGGUGCUCGGGGUCUUCCUCGGGGCGCAGCCAGGCGUCACGAACCCCGCGAUGGAGAUGCUCCUCGACAAGGCGCCGCCCAAGGACGCCGACAGCAGCGCCUCGGACAGCGACAGCGACAGCGAUACCGACGACAGCGAUGACGGCGACGACGGCGGCGUGCCCGCGCCCGGGUUCCCGCUCGGGGCGUUCCUGCCGCCGGGCAACUCGCUCGCGGCCUACUCCGGGAGCCUCACGACGCCCCCCUGCACGGAGGGGGUGUCCUGGUUUGUACUCCUGAACGACCUCCCCGUCGGAGCUGACCAGAUCCUGCGGUUCAUGGAGUACGUCGCGGGCGAGGGCGGCCUCGCGCUCAACGAUCGCCCCACGCAGGAGCUGCACGGCCGCGAGGUGACCUUCUAUUCGGAAGCGUAG